UGUAUUUUGGCAAGGGGGGAUUAUUUCAGUGCUUAAAAUUAGUUAAUGUUUAAAUCUAAAAAGACAUUUGUAAAAGAACAGAAAUCCGUAGUUUGUAAUUCAUAACAAAGAGCUGUACUAAACUGUUGUGGGUUGUUUGGUACAGAUGGAAAUUCUAGUUUACGAGAACAGCAAAUCUGUGUGAUUUGCAGCCUUUUUAAUGGAAUGAUUACCUAAUGUCUAUAAAAUGAAUAAUUUCUCUUCUAGGACUUUAUGGAGAUUUGGAUACUCUGCCAGACUACUGAGAAAUAAUCAUUUGAGGACAGCUGCAUCAAAUACAUCAUUUCCAGCAGUUUGGAUGCUAUUGACGCAAUAUUCUGGCAGGAUACCUGGGUGCUUUGUAGUUGUUAAAAAAAAUAGUUUUUUUACAAUGCCUGAAACUGUGGAGGAGAAGGCUAAUCUAGAACUGUAUUCACCAUGUCCCGAAGUGCGUGGGAUGACACUACUCAACAGGGAAGCUUUUAAAAGGACAGUUGUUGUUCCAGUUCUUAAAGUCAAGAAAGAAACUGUAAAUACAUUGCUGAAGUCCCUAAAACAUACAGUCCUCCAGCGUCCCGGUCUAAAGCGCGUGGUUGAGGAUCCAGAAGAUGAGGAGAGUAGACUCGUUAUUCUGGAUCCUCAUAAAAUACCAGAAUUCUCAUUGGGAGAAUCGGAACAAGAGGUAUUAAAACGACUUAAUGUUUGUCCUGAGGUGUCCAAGUAUAACUUGGAGCUGACUUACGAGAAUUUCAAGUCGGAGGAGAUCCUACGAGCGGUCCUUCCCGAAGGUCAAGAUGUCACCUCUGGAUUUAGCCGUGUUGGUCACAUAGCUCAUUUGAAUCUUCGAGAUCAUCAGCUACCGUACAGAUAUUUGAUUGGCCAGGUUAUAAUUGACAAGAAUCCAGGAAUCACCUGUGCAGUGAAUAAAACCAGUAUUAUUGACAGCACGUACAGAAAUUUUCAAAUGGAAGUGCUUGCUGGAGAGAGCAACCUGGUAACCAAGGUCAAAGAAAAUAAUAUUGCAUAUGAAUUGGACUUCUCCAAGGUCUACUGGAACCCACGUCUUUCCACAGAGCAUGGCCGUAUCAUUGAGCUUUUAAAGCCCGGUGAUGCCCUCUUCGAUGUCUUUGCUGGGAUUGGACCUUUUGCUAUUCCAGCAGCAAAGAAACGGUGCCGUGUAUUUGCAAACGAUCUCAAUCCUGAAUCCUACCGUUGGCUCCUGCACAACUGCAAACUAAACAAAGUAGACAACAAAAUAAAAGCAUUCAACAUGGAUGGCAGGGACUUCCUCCUGGGCCCAGUAAGAGAAGAACUAAGUAAAGAGCUCCCGCUUUUGAAAGAAGAACAGAAAACCUCUUUUCACGUAGUCAUGAAUUUGCCAGCUUUGGCUAUCGAAUUUCUAGAUGUUUUCAGGCAUCUCUUGGUGGGAGAGCCGUGCAGCACUGCUGGCCUUCCCACCGUGCACUGCUACGGCUUCUCCAAACAUGACGACCCCGCCAAAGAUAUUCAAGAACGAGCGGAAGCUUCACUGGGAACCUCCUUGGAUGGACGCUGUUCCACCUACCUGGUGAGAAACGUUGCACCAAACAAGGAGAUGCUGUGCAUCAGUUUCCAGAUCCCGGCGGACGUGCUCUACAAGAGGCCCUGCCCUGAUGAAGCAAAACCAGCCCCUAAGCGUCUGUGUACCAGCAGAGACUGCUCUGAAGAAAAGUUGCUGAGUUGAAGACUGCGGUAACUACCUUAGAAAUUAGAAACCUUAGAAGGUUCCGUAGGUUCCCUCUGGCUUGGAUCCCUUGGAUUAUUUGAAGCAGACCUGUGUCACCCGCCUCAGGUGCUGUGUAACGUGUGUUGCAGCUUUCCUUUGUGAGCCUUGCUUCCUGCAUUUACCUUUUUUGUUAUUUUUUUUUUCUUUUAAUUGUGAGAUCAAUGAGCAGAUGGAAAUUGUUGUUACUAUCAAAAACAAAACUUCACUUUUUUUUUUUGGUAAUAAAUGCGUUCUGGUA